GGUUAAAUAAAGGUGAAAUAAAAAAUUUUAAAAAAGCUAUGGGCAGAACCUGUUCUUUAUCACAACAUAGCUUGUAAAGCAGUUAAGCCAACUGGAAAGGUGAGCGCUCAAAGCAAGCCCCUCCUGUAGACAGGUAAAAACGGAAUGUAAAUGAAUGUGUCCUUGUUUCAUAAUGAGUGUGUUAUAAAAAAGUGUGAAUCAGCCAUGACCUAAGUCAACCUCAGUGGGUGUGUGCCUUCCACUGUAGUCUCGCCCUUUGUGAAUCAGUAAAACUUUGUUAUUGAAGCUAUUGUGUACUUGCUAUUGUCACUGUCUCCUGGAGUUUGUCCCAAAUGGCACCCUAUUCUCUAUAUAAUACAUUACUUUUGACUUUUGCCCUAUGGACCCUGGUCAAGAGUAGUGCUCUAUUUAGGGAAUAGGGUUCCAUUUGAGAAACAGCCCAGGUGCAUUCCAUGCCCUGUUUGCUUGCUCCCCUCCCCACCCCGGGGAAUGCGACUGACUUCCUUGUAGAGCAGGGUUGUGGCUCACUCACUGCUGUCACCAAAGCAUGCAGCUCUCACUACCAUCCUGAGGGAGAUUCAAGGUGCUCAGGUGGAAUACUUUACCAGGAACCUAUAACUGACCAUAGGAUUCUCUUCUUGUUUAUGUUUUAAGUGUUGGAGGGAGAACCUGAGGAGGAUGUUGUACACAGAGUUUUUGCGGUUGUGGGAUGAGGCGGUAAAGGCAGUGGAUGCCAGAGACUGGCAGGGAGCCCUGUCUAAACUCAACCAGAUCACUGAACCUACCUCCCGGACUCUGUUUCUGACCGCCUCUGCUCACCUCGCCUUGGGGCAGCUGGAACCUGCCAUCCAGGCUCUAGACCAGACCAUAGCAAAGGAUGAGCGACUUGCAGUUGGCUUUUUCCAAAGAGCUGGAGCAUUCAUGAUGGCUAGCAGGCUGGAGGAGGCUCUGAAUGACUGUAUCUCAGCUCAGAAACACAUGAGAGGGAACAUGGUCAUUGAUUACAAACAGCUGGGGCUACGCUACAAGCUCUACAGUUGGCAGGUCUUGUAUAACGCAGCAGCUGCCCACUCUAGACUGGACCAGUUGGACAAAGCCCGGGACAUCCUGAUCUCAGCCUCCCAGGAGAAAGGAAGAGGGGGGCGAGGAGGGAACAUGGAGGUGGCUUUAGACAUGAUCUCUAGGGGAGAGGUGCUGCCUGUCCUCCUGGUGCCAGAGGGGCAGGUGUUCCGCCCCAGGAAACAGGACAUAGAACAGCUGGGAGAGAGAGACUUCCUGGGCAAACCAAAGGUCAUUUCCUCUAUGAUACCCAAUGAUGACUUUGGUGGAUUUGAACCGCUCAGGGUUCAGAAACCUGGAUACUACGAGCCCAAGGUGGAUAGAGUGGAGGAUUCUCGCUACAUGCGUCUGCGUACCCCCUACAUAUCCGGGGGCCCUGGUCAGCUGACUGUGCCAGGGGGAGCCAUGGUGUUUGUCUUCAGUGAUAUGGAAAGAGAUGGACUGGCCACGGUCAUACACGAUGGACAGAAAGGACUUGUCCCCAUGACACUGCUAGACCCAGUGGAUGUCAAGAAAUACAAAGGCAGAAGAAAUAAUAAAAGUAUUCCCAGUGGGAUCCCCCUCCCACCGGGCCUCAGGCCGCCCACUCGCCCACAGAACCAGCCCGGCCCCAUAGCAUCUCCUCAGGAGAGCCCAGUUAGACAGGCACCACCACCAUCCUAUGCCUCUGCCACACACUCACCAAACAGCUCCACCUCGCUACGCAAGUACACAUCCACAGUAGACAGCCCCACUGAACUGGAUCCCACUUUACCCCAGGGAGCAGAGGCUGGGUCUGUGGUGGUAAAGGUGCAUUACAGAUACACCGUGGCUCUGAGUGUCCCUUUAGGCACACCGUACGAUGAACUACAGGAGAGAAUUGCACACAAAUUGGGGCAGCCAGCCUCACACUUGCGCCUCAGACACAGGCAGCAUGGCUCCCAGGUGCUGAAGCCUCUGGAUGGGGAGGAGGGGCUCAGGGCCCUGCUGGAGGUGGCAGAGGCAGGCAGAACCACACUGUGGUGCCAGACUGAGGACCGCCUGGACAACCGUACCAUUCUCUACCAGAUGGUGGCACUGUAUGACUAUGCAGCAGACGGCCCAGAGGACUUGGAGUUCAGUGAGGGAGACUCUAUUGACAUUCUCAGUGAAGUCAACGAGGAGUGGCUGGAGGGACACUGUGCUGGUUACAUUGGCAUCUUCCCCAGCUGUUUUGCCUAUCGGGAAGAAGAGCUCUCCACAACCAGGGGUGCAACUUUCACUGCGGACGGGGGGGGUCAUGUCCCCCCCACAUUCUGAAAUUGCAUCUUUGCAAUGUGAUACAAAAAGAGGCAAUGGUGUGCUUUAGGACCAUGCCUCCGAGUGGUCAGGUAGGCUGUUUGGAGUGUUCAGCCAGCUGGAUUUAGGACCACUUGGAUACCACAGAGCGGGCUGACAGGCUGUCUGAAGGCAAAGCUUCUGGGAGGCUGGCUGGACCGGCACGGGAGAGUUGAGCAUAGUUCAGUGUGUAUGUUAGCUAGUACUGUAGCUACCACAUCUAGGUCAGUUCUAGCGUCUAGCUAUCUGUCAGAUAGUAAUAAUAGCCACCUCAUAUCGCUAUCUAACAGCAGUUGUUUGUAUGGAAAUGUUUUUUAGCCUUUGUUUUGUUCUGUUUCAACAGAAGGAAAGUGAACUUGCCUAGCUUUCGCCAGUUGAAGUACCGUUAAAAAGAGACAGUUGGCCAAAGGUUGGCUAAUGUUAGCUAUUAUUUUAGACUCAAUCACACUAGACCUCAAUCAAAUGAUGAAACCAUCAGCCAAAUGAUUGAAAAUUGAUAUUAUGAUGUUUUUUCAGUGCAAUGUGAGUUUUUAUUAGGCAGUAUGGCAAUGUAACUUUAUUGAUUUGUCAGUUUCCCUAGCUAAUUCCCUACUUUUCACACUGACACAGUAAUAAACAGCUCUAACAUUA